CAUUAGGCGGUAUGUGUACACACUUGGAGGUCUCACAUGAUUAACAGAUUGAGAGCUGGCGUACUGCUGCUCAGAAUGACCAUGUGUCAGGAAACCAGGCUGAAAAGUCCCAUCACGAAGGUGGAUAAACACCACUUCCCCAUUGUGUAAACCACCUGCAACAUCCAUCAAGCCAGUAGCAGAUGUACAAUUGUUUACCACAGAAAGACGCCAAAUAGACCAUGGUCCUGCAGUACACCCGCUCAGUCUUAAGGAAGAUUUUCAACAGUGUUUUAUUCUGGUGGAGAUAUAUGUUGGUGCCCAAACUGCACUCGACCAGAUUUAAAAUUGAACCUUUCUCCUACUUGACAAAAGCAGUUGAGUUUAAAGGCCCAGCUCCAAGUGCAGCAACAAGACAACUGUAUGAAGAUCUCGCACUCACUUUGGAAUCACAGCAAAAGCAGACAGAUGGGGUGAUUCAAAAGUUCAUUAGCUUGCAAGAGGAAAGUAAAGAGUCGAGGAAGAGAAUUAUAAGAAUUGAAAAUGACAUUGAAUGCAUUAGAUCAGGACUGGCCAAACUGCAAAUGGAGUGGGAAUACAGACAGCACUACUUAUUGACAGAAGGGAGUGACACCAAAGAGCAGAUGUGUGAUGAUUGCAGUGAGCAGACAGUGGAGAGCAAGGAGAUGGAUGAAACAUUGAAACCCAAGAUGUCAAAAGUAGCAAUCCAGUCUCAGCAUGUCACACGCCAACAGAGGAAAGAUCAUGCAAUAAGGAACGGAGUGGAUCAUGGCUGCAGUGAACAGGUUACUCAGACAGAUUUCCUAUCACAGUUUGACGAAAGUGAUCAAGCCGAGAUGAUGUCAUUUAGAAGUGAGCCCAAUGUCAAGCAUUAUAUCACGGCAAUGCCUUUAUGUAGCUUUCCACAUGGGCCCACUUCUGUCACCUCAUCACUGGAAAGCAACAGCUCCAUUGUCUCGCUUCCAUACAGAUUUAAGGCUGACCCUGGAAGUGAUCGACCCCUGAAAGCAUAUGCACCUCGCUCUGUCUUAGAUAUACAGGUUGGACACAGAGUUAAAGUUAUAUUGCCAAGUGGCAAAAUUGGAGCAGGUCUGGUGAAGUAUAUUGGUGGUUUGCCUAUGGUGCCGGAAAUCUGCUUUGGAGUGGAACUGGAUUUUCCCGAAAAUGGUCUACGUAAUGGAGUGUUCGCAGGGCACUGUUAUUUUUCCUGCAAGCCCAGUCAAGGAAUUUUCAUCAGUUUUAGCAAAGUAUUGAUGGUUCUCGAAUAGCAAAGAUUCCUUAAAGGGGAAGGCUUCCUGGAUUUUGAGAAAUCCAACCUGAACUUGUAUUAACAUCUGAAGUAUUAAUCGAAAUUUAGUCUCUGUUCAGCUCAAGUACUGAAUCCAGCAAACCAGAUGUUCUACUGAAGAAGAUUCCAAAACACAACUAAUUCAAUAUUUUGGCUCCAUUAUUUGUUUAUGACCAACAGUGAAGAUAUUUGUUUCAAAUUCUGAAUUACUAUGACAAAUGAUACACUUUCUCCUCUGUUCAUAAAUGUACAGCUCCUAGAUUUUAUUUCCAUUGUAAAUUUCUGAUAUUUUAAUAAAACUGUCUUUCAGGAAAACUUCACACGCAAUAUGUGGAGUGGAUUUUGUCACAUGCUUCUCCCUUUUAGACAUUAAAUGUAACCCAUCACACAAUGGCUUCUGCUAGAGACUGGUUGGAUGGCAUCCAAAUCCAAAAUUCCCAAUGUACUGAGCCCUGACGACUGGAUCUGGUCACUACCUCCUGCAAAUAGAAACAUCAUCUUUUCCUUUACCCUGCCAAACUCUUUAAUAAUCUUGAAGAAUUCUAUUAAAUCUUCUUAAUAUUUUCUUCUUGUUCAAACUGUUUUGAUGGGUAUAACUUCUCAGUUUUGUUAUCAAGUACAUCUUUCCUCCUAUGACUCUCUAUCCUUUUUUAUAAUACAGAAACCACAACUGCUCCCUCCAAUUGCAGUCUAACCAAGGUGCUUUACAAAUUUAAUACAACUGCUCUGCCUUUCAGUUUUAUUUCUUGAGAAACAAGCAUCAAGUGCUAGGUUUUGUUUGAUUAUCGUCUUAUUAUCCUUAAUCAUUAAAUCUCGCUAUUUGGUUAACUGAGUUCCCAGAUACCUCUGCCCCCUGUAUCUUAUUUAGAAAUCUUUUUUGCGAGAUUGUUUUGCGCUUUUAUUCUUUCUACCAAGAGGUAGUGGCUCACAGUGUGUCAUGGGUUAUAACAGGUGUUUUUAAUUUGUAAUGAAUUAAUGUUAAAGGAGUGUGUUCAAUGUAAGCAUUACACAUACGCAUAUAUUUGUGUGCAUUUGUAUUUAGCAUUUUCAAAGAUUGCAUGAAAACAGGUUAUUUUUGAACUGAGGCAUGUAAGCCAUACUUAAAGGAAUACAUGUAUUUUUGAAUGACACAUAAUAUUUUAUGGCAAAAUAAAUUUAAUUCCUGCUGUCAUCAUUUGAUGAAACACCGGGAAGUAAGUUUUUGAUUUUGUGUGAAUGUAAAACAAAUGGCACCAACAUCAACAGCUCAUUUUAUGUUGCAGGAAUUGUUUAACAUUUACCUUGCUAUCAAUAGAAAUAAAAAUUGUGAGACGUGUAAAUGGGUUGAAAACAGAAAAUGCUGGGAAUAUUUGACAGGGAGGCAUCACCUAUACAGAGCCAAGCAGAAUUAGACCUGAGGAAAGAUCUCAGAUCUGAAUUGUUGGGUUGAAUUUUCCUGUCAGCGUCAGGGUUGUUUCCAUAUUGUGCCAUCACUUGUAUCUUGACAUCAGCAUCCAGCCAUGCUUAAGCUGAUGGGAAAUCUAAAGGAAGAGCAGCAGGGGGUCCCAUCCAGCUUGCUCAUCCACCAUUCAAUAAGAUCAUCACUGAUCUGUUUGUGAUCUGAAUUGCAUGUUUUUGUUCCCCUCUUACCUCUCUCGUCAACUAAAAAUCUCUCUAACUCAUCCUUGAAUCUAAUCAGUGGCCAGGCCUGCACCACAGAAUCUGGGAGAGAAUCUCAAAGUAUCACCAUACUCUGAGAGAAGAAAUUGUUCCUCACCUUCAUGGGAGACCCAUAGAUGUAGAUUCCAUCAUGAGAGGAAACAUUGUCCCUGCAGUCCUUCUUAGAAUCUUAUGUUUCUACAGGUUGACCUUUCAUUCUUCGAAACCCCAGUGAGUGUAGACCCAAUCUGCUCCUUCCUUCAUCUCAGGAGUCAGCCUAAUGAAAAUUCUCUGAACUGCUUCCAAUGCAAUACAACCCUCCUUAAAUAAAGUGUGAUCUCUCUGAUGCUCUGUACAGUUAUAGCAAACUUCCUUAUAUUGAUGCUCCAUCCAGCUUUUAACAGGGGCAACUUUCUAGUUGCCUGCUUGAUUAUUUGGACUCUACUUUUUUUGUGAUUCAUAUACAAGGACUUCCAGAUCAUUUUGUACUGCAGCAUUUUGCAAUCUAUUUCAAUAAUAUUCUGCCUUCCUAUUCUUCCUCCCAAAGUGCACAAUCCCACAUUUUAUCACAUUGUAUAUCCAUUUGCCAAUUUUUUGCCCCUUUUUACACAAGUAUAUCCCUUUGCAGACUCUAGCCUUCUCACAAUUUGUUUUUCUAUCUGUCUGCACUGGUAAUAAUUUGUGAAGUACACUAUUCAGCUCAUUGAGCCUGCUCAACCAUUCAAUGAUCCAAUAAUCUUUAACUACACUUUUCUGCCUUUUAGCAAUAAUCCUUGAUUAUCGUACUGAUCGACAAUAACAAUAAGCAUCUCAAAUUGCCACUCUCAGAGAGCACCAUGCAGAAAAUAUUGGCUUCAAACUUGAUAGCAGUGGGAUUCAAGCCUUUAACUUGAUAGAGACUUAUAUUCAUUUGGAUGUAAUACCACCUUUAAUACCACCAUCUUCUCUGGUGAGAUUUGAACAUGUGCCAUCAGAGAAUCAGUCUUGAUUUCUGGAUCACUAGACCAUCAUUUCCCCUCAAUUUGGCCAUGAUGCUGUCUGUCUGUUCACUCAAGUCAUCAGUGUAGAUUGUAAACAGUUGAGAUGCCCGUACUGAGGCUGUGCAAAAAUUUACCCCCUAAUAAUCACCAAUUGAUCUCUCCUCUCUGUUUCCUGUUAGUUAUCCAAUUCCCUAUUCAAGCUAAUAUAUCAACCAAACACCAAAAGUUUUAUCUUGUGCAAUAAUCUUUCAUGUGGCACCUUGUAAAAUGUCUUAUAGAAUCCCAAAUACACUGUAUUUACCUGUUCUCCUUUAUUCAUCCAAAGUUUGGAACAUCCUCAAAAAACCUUUUCAAACAAAUUUCCCCUUCACAAAACCACGUAGGCUCUGUCCGAUUGUAUUAUAAUUUUCUGAAUGUCCUGCUGCCACUUCAAGAAUAAUAAAUUCUAGAAAUGCCUAAUGAUCGAUGUCCAAUUCACUGUCCAAUUAUGGGCAGUAGGCAGAAAAGAAAUUCAGGAAACUGACUCUGAAAACCUGCAGAAUUGGUUGACCAGCCAUCACAGAUGUCACCGGACUGGCUGAGUAUUUCCAGUAUUGAAUUCAGAUGUACAUCAUCCUCAAUAAUUUGUUUUUGUGAAACAAGUUGCCAAUUUACUAUCACGGGAUUUAUACUAUUACACAAAGUUUGGACCUGUACUCUGACAUGAACCAGUCCAAAUGGUAGCAACAAUAUCCCAGACCUCUUCAAUAUCUAUGCCUUCAGUGUUCAGACCACUACCAUUCCUUAUAUUUCUUAAAAUGUUACCCAAUGUAAGGUCCCAAUUUUGUUAGCAUUAUUUAA